ACCAAACCCCGAACCCGAGGCGGCGAGGAGGAGCAAGGGCAAAACCCCACCUCUACCGGCGGCGGCGGCGGCGAUGGAGUCGGUGGAGACGCUCGUGGCGCACAUCCAGGCGCUCUCCGGGAGCCCGGAGGAUCUGGCGCAGCUCCACGGCCUCCUCAAGCAGGCCGACGGCGACGCCCUGCGCGCCCACUCCGCUGCCCUCCUCCCCCUGCUCCCCCAGCUCCACCCCGCCGCCCACUCCCUCGGCUACCUCUUCCUCCUGGACGCUUUCCUCUCGGCGCCAGCCAAUCUGAAGGCGCACGCCGGCGGGGACCUCCUCGCGACGGUCGCCAAUUUCCUCAUCUCCUGCUCGGCCGAGCAGAUACGCCUGUCGCCCGACAAAUUUCUGAACGUGUGUAAGGUGCUCAAGGGCGAGGCCAUGCAGCUCAACGCGCCGAUCAGGGGGAUCGCCCCGCUGCGCGCGGCCGUGCGCAAGGUCCAGCCGUCGUCGGAGCACCUGACCCCGCUCCACGCCGAGUACCUUACCCUCUGCCUGCUGGCCAAGCAGUACAAGGCUGGCCUCAGCGUCCUGGAGGACGACAUAUUCGAAGUUGAUCAGCCAAAGGACCUGUUCCUCUACUGCUACUAUGGGGGGAUGAUAUAUAUCGGGCUCAAGAAGUUCCGUAAAGCAUUGGAGCUUCUUCACAAUGCUGUCACUGCCCCAAUGACGUCAUUGAACGCAAUUACUAUCGAGGCUUACAAGAAGUAUGUCCUGGUUUCGCUCAUUCAGAAUGGACAGGUUCCAUCAUUCCCGAAGUACGCAUCUUCUACUGCUCAGAGGAACCUGAAAAAUCAUGCUCAGAUUUACGUCGAUCUGUCUACAUGCUAUGGCAAUGGUAGCUACUCUGAGUUGGAGACGUUCAUCCAGUCAAACACAGAAAAAUUUGAAACUGAUAACAACCUUGGACUCGUGAAGCAAGUGCUCUCCUCAAUGUACAAGCGGAACAUCCAGAGGCUGACCCAGACCUACCUAACUCUUUCACUUGAAGACAUUGCCAGCUCUGUUCAACUCAACACCCCGAAAGAAGCUGAGAUGCAUGUACUUAGGAUGAUUGAAGAUGGUGAGAUACAUGCAACGAUAAACCAGAAGGAUGGCAUGGUCAGCUUUCAUGAAGAUCCUGAGCAAUAUAAGAGUAGUGAGAUGGUGGAGCAUAUUGACUCUUCGAUUCAAAGGUUGAUGGCUUUGUCCAAGAAGCUGACCUCAAUUGAUGAGAAUAUAUCAUGCGAUCAUGCGUUUUUGAUGAAGAGUGGAAGGGAACGUGGAAGAGGAUUCGACUACGACGACUUUGACUCAGUUCCGCACAAAUAUUUUUGAGACAAACUGUGUCUUAGGUGACCUAAAAGUACUGCCUGUCAAAGCCCUUUUCCUGAGGUCAUUAUCGGUUUGAUCCGUAUAUUCCGCCACCAAAGUUCGAACCCUGUAAAUGCUGGAAUUAAAGGAUGAGAGCUUUUGCCUUAAGUUAGUGACACUCGGAAGAAUUUAUCAAGCUAGUUAUGAUUUUGAGUACCUAUUA